UCUCUCUUCCUGUCCUGUCUGUUUAAGGAGAGAGAGCCUGGGAAAUUCCUUCAAGCUACUUUACUUCAGGUUUCUGUGGGAUUUAAACAUGCACACUGAGGUUUUGGUGCAGUCCAUGUUGGUGUCGGUGUUACUGAUUCUGCUCUCUGCCGUGGAGGACACUUUGUUGCAAUCAGUGAGCCAGGCGGGUGGCGUGUGUCGGCUGUCCACCGACUCCUCCCUGCGCCGCUGCCGCACACCGGACGGCAAGAUAUGCAGUGGGAGGGGCAAGUGUGACUGCGGAGUCUGCGUCUGCACGGCCACCGAGCCAGGGAAGUUCUACGGGCCCCGAUGCGAGUGCCACGACUGGGUCUGCUCUUCACAUAAUGGGAAAACCUGCAAUGACCGCGGCUACUGUGACUGUGGGACGUGUGAGUGUGAUGACGGCUGGUUCGGAGACGCCUGCCAGUUCCAGGAAGAGUGCAACCUCCCCAGCAAGAAGAGCAAAGAGCUCUGCAAGAACCCACAGGGGGUGGUUUGCUCCAACAGAGGAACCUGUCACUGUGGAAGCUGCAUGUGCAACAACGAGGGGAACAUGGGCCUGGUGACCGGACGCUUCUGUGAGUGUGACGACAGCGAGUGUCUGGAUGAGGACACCGGAGAGGUGUGUGGAGGCCAUGGCCAGUGUUACUGUGGAAACUGUUACUGUGCCGCUGGUUGGCAUGGAGACAAAUGUGAAUUCCAGUGUGAUAUCAGCCCCUGGGAAAGCAAACGGCAGUGCACAUCUCCAGACGGCAAAAUCUGCAGCAACAGAGGGACCUGUGUGUGUGGCGAGUGUACCUGUCAUGACGUAGACCCCUCUGGCGACUGGGGAGAUAUUCAUGGAGACACCUGCGAGUGCGACGAGAGGAACUGUCAUGCAACUUAUGACAGAUACACGGACGACUUCUGCUCAGGUCAGGGCCAGUGUAAUUGUGGCAGGUGCGACUGCAAGGAGGGAUGGUCGGGCAGGAAGUGCGAGCAUCCUCUGUCCUGCUCCCUGUCUCUGGAGAGCAGUCUGAGGAAGUGUCGGGGAGCGUCCAAUCUGCCCUGCUUCGGACGAGGUCAGUGUCAGUGUGGACAGUGUACCUGUCAUCCACCUGGGGACAGUCGUGUUCAUGGCAAAAACUGUGAGUGUGACGACCGUCAGUGCGAGGACAUCAGUGGAGAGGUCUGUGGAGGUCACGGUUACUGUUCGUGUGGACGCUGCAUCUGCAAGGACGGCUGGUUCGGGAAGCUGUGCCUGUUCUCCAGGUCAUGUGACCUGAGCGACGACCAGAGCAAAGAGCUGUGUGAGACGUCAGACGGAGUCAUGUGCAGUGGAAAAGGUUCCUGUCACUGUGGCCAAUGCAUCUGCUCUCCCCAAGACUGGUGGGUGUCUGGAGAGUUCUGCGAGUGUGACGACCGAGAGUGUGACAAACACGACGGCCUCAUCUGCACAGGGAACGGCUUGUGCAACUGCGGCAACUGCGAGUGCUGGGACGGCUGGACAGGGAACGCUUGCGAAAUCUGGGUGGGAGCAGAGUACUGAGGAGAGCGGGGGGGGGGGGG